CUCUCACCCGAGACUGCGGGGGAGAUCGAUGGCGGCGCCGGACCGCCGGGGCCUGGGAAGUCCCCGCUGCCGUGGCGCGCUCGACUGCUCCUGGGCGCAGUCUCCACCCUGCACGCGGCCUCCCUCCGCAGCGACGGCACCGUCAGCCGCUUCCUGCUCUCGCUCUUCGACCCCACCGUCCCGCCAACCCAGGGUCCCGUCGCCGGCGUGGCCUCCUCGGACCACGCCGUCUCCGACCAGUUCCGCGUCCGCCUCUUCGCCCCUAAGACCGACGACGACAACGGCCGCAAGGAGCUCCCGGUGAUCGUGUACUUCCACGGCGGCGGCUUUGUCUUCCACUCGGCGGAGUCGGCGCAGUACGACGCGCUGUGCCGGCGCCUCGCCUCGGCCGUCCCGGCAUUCGUCGCCUCCGUCGACUACCGCCUCGCGCCCGAGAACCGCUUCCUGGCCCCCUACGACGACGGCGAGGCGGCCCUCCGGUGGGUCCUCGCCGGUGGGGGCGGCGCACUUCCGUCUCCUCCCGAGGCCGUCUUCGUCGCCGGCGACAGCGCCGGUGGCAACCUCGCCCACCACGUCGUCGCGCGCCUACCGACGGCGUCCGAGCAGCGGCUCCGCGACGCGCCGUUCGGGGCGCCCGAGCGGCUGGCAAGGCUGUGGCGCGCGUUCCUGGCCCCCGGCGCCACGCGAGACCACGAGGCGGCCAACGUGCCGGCCGCGAUCCGGCGCGACGCCGACGCGGGGCGGUGGCGCGCCUUCCCGCCGACCCUGGUGUGCGUGGGCGGGUGGGACGCGCACCAGGACAGGCAGAGGGCGUACAGGGAAGCGCUCCGCGCCGCCGGCGCAGAGGAGGUCCGCGUGGCGGAGUACCCGGACUUCAUCCACGCGUUCCACAUGUUCGAGGAGCUCGCGGACAGCAAGCGGUUUCUGGUCGAUGUCGCGGAGUUCGUGAACCGGCGAACAGAAGACCUGAAAAAACGCGCCGUAGCUAACGAUCACCACUAG